UCAUGGCCCACCCUCAGUCCCGCACGCCCCCGUCGCGCUAUAGCGAGAGCGACGGCGCCACCGUCGUUAACGACCAUGUCUACCUCCGCCCCAGCCCGGCUGCGGGCGGCAGCAAGCCCCUCACCGUCUUCAAGGACGCACCCAAGGCGCCGCCCGUGCCGCUUGAGAACGCGGACUCGCUUCCCUUCGUCGACGAGAAGGCCUACCUCGACAUCAAGCGCCCUCUCCUCGUUCCUAUCGGCACCGGCGGCGUCCUCGAGGCUCUCCAGGAGCUCAACGCGGAGCUCAUUGCCUCCAACCACCCAGCACUCAUUUCCGACAAGCGCCCGCACCAAUACAUUGGCCGCGAGGUCAACCCGGGCAGCUUUGGCCUGUACGAGUUCGCGUCGGGCCCCAAGCUCCUCCUCAAGGCGGGCCGUUACCCCGGGCUCCCGCUCUCCAACUGGGUCGGCUGCGACUGGCGCGGCACAUACGACCUCGCGACCAACUUCCCGCCCAUGUCCAGCAAAGCGAACGGCGUGCUCGUUCCCGACGAAGACCUGCAGCGUCUGGGCCUGACAAUCGUCCAGGUCGCACAGAACCAGGCCGCGGUCUGCCUUGACCCCCAGAUGCGCGUGUUCGUCGUCAGCGACCGCGGCUUUGUUGCUAUGGCUACGAGCGGCGCGUACAAGGUCCUCGGCCUCGUCGACAAGACCCAUCUCAGCGAUCCCGUGGUCGACCGCCACUCGAAGCAGAUUCUCGGACACACGCAGAGCGUGCGCCUUCCCAACCAGGCAUAUGUCGCCGCCACCUUCCUUGAUAUCCCGGCUAACGGAUGCGCUGUGCUUCAGCGCAAUAAUUCAUUGCACCAGCUCGGUGCAGGCCAGCACUACCUCACCGCGGCGGGUGUGUCGCUCCGCGGCUUCUUCACCAUGGGCGAGGUCCAGAUCGAGCUUGAGUGCGACAACAUUUACACCCGCGACCAGGUGCCGGUCUGGCUGCGCCUGUAUAUCCGGUACGAGCUGCAGCACCCGCUGCAGCUCGCGCGGCACGGGUAUCCGACGCCGUUCGAUGCGCUGCAGGACAAGGCGCGCAGUAUCCUCACGCAGAUCGUCGCGCACCUCGACUACAGCACGAUGGCGCGCACGCGCAACGCCGCGCCCGAGCUGCACGAAGUGGACGACGACGUGGGCGCCGUCUUCGUGAGUGCUGUGCGCACGCAGGCGAUCGACGACCUCAAAGUCGUCGCGAGCGAGUACGGCAUCAAGCUCGAGGACUUGGCGAUCAUCGACCGCAAGUUCAAGGGCGAGAUUGCGGCCAAGCUCGACUCGUUGACAACGCGCGCCCUCGAAGCGCAGGUCGAAAGCGCGAAUCUCGACCGCGAAAACGCCAACCGCAAGCUCAAGCAGCUGGGCGAGGCGCGCGUCCUCGAGCUCCAGAACGAGAUGAAGCGCGCGACCGUCGAGACGGAGAACUUGAACGCAAUCGCGCGCGCGCGCGCCAAAGCCGAGAGCUUGACGAUCGAGGCCGAGGCCGAAGCCACCGCCAUCAAGCUGCGCGCUGAAGCUCAGGCCGAGGCCACGCGCAUCCAGGCGAGCGUGGACGCGCAGAUCCGCGACGACUUUGCGCGCGACCUCGCACAGGGUCGUCUCGAGGUCGAGCGCACGCGCGCGUACGGCAACGGCACGGUCUUCGCGCCCAUGGACGCGCUCCGCUCCUCAGGCAUGGUCGGCAUGGGCAUGUUUGGCCCCCGGCCCAAGCCGCCCCCCGCUGUUCCCGCCGGCAGCCCCGCGCCCACCGCCGCGCCCGUGCCGCGCAAGUAGGCCUCUACGUGAUCGCGAUCUUGAUAGCCAGAAAUCCGAGUACUGUAAGAUCAAUAGGUCGAAACUGUCGCCGCCUCGCAAUGUAAUUGUGCGUCCUG